CGGGGCCUGAGAGAGGCGCGCCGCCGCGAGAAGUGUUGCUAAUGAGUGUACGCCGUACGAUGGAGAAGCCAUGACGCAUCCGUCGCAUCAAACGAACGGCGCUAGCCUGGAGGACUGCCACACGAAUUUCUUCGCACUGACGGACCUCUGCGGCAUCAAAUGGAAGAAGCUCGUGUGGGGCGAAGUGGCUGGCGAUUUCGGGGGCACUCCCCUCGAGGACCCGGUAUUGUCGAGCUUCUCGCGGUGCCUCGCGGGUGACAUUCUCUGCGUGUGGCGACGGGUGGCCGCUACACCGGCCACCUCUGGCCCAGCAACCGCCUCGGCAACUGGAGCUGGUAUCUUCGACCUGGGCAUCGCACCCUCGCCCGCGCCACCACCCCUCUCCCUUACUGCCGCGAAGGAACUUUGGAUCUUCUGGUAUGGCGAGGAACCUGAUCUCUCCGGUCUCGUAUCACCGGAACUCAUCGCGUGUGAAAGUGAACAAGGUUCUUGGGAAAGUGGAUUAUCGUAUGAAUGCCGGUCACUUCUUUUCAAGGCUCUACAUAACUUGAUCGAACGGUGCUUGCUAUCUCGUGAUUUUGUUCGCCUAGGAAAGUGGUUCGUACAACCUUAUGAUGGAUUCGAGAAACAUCGUUGCAGUAGUAGCCAUUUGUCAUUCUCGUUUGCAUUUUUUGUGCAUGGAGAAAGUACUGUAUGUGCAAGUGUCGAUGUCAGGCAGCAUCCUGCUGUACGACAUCUUACAAGAACUUGCUUACAACGUACUCAAACCACCCAGUCUGGUGUUAAAGUGAUAUUAGCUCCUUACGGACUAGCAGGCACAUUGACAGGUCCAGUCGGACGUACAGAUAGUCAGCUUCUUGAAGAAUGGAAACAUUUUUAUCCAAUCAACGGCAGUAAUGUAGAAGCAGGACUUCCAUCAUUAGUAGAAGUGCUUGUUGGUGGUGUUCGCAUGCGUUACCCUUCGUGUUAUGUCCUAGUCACAGAUAUGGACGACACUCCAUCUGAUACUCCUCUUUCUCCACCAAAUAGUCCUGCUAGCUAUGAACAUCCUCUUCUGAGUCAGCAGGAGUUACGAUCGGCUACAGAAUUACCAGAACGUGUAUGGGCAGAAUGUACUUUGAAUUCACCGAUUUCUGCUUCCAAGACAGAAUCUUCCACAGAAUCUGGAACCUGGACCUUCAUUGAUCCAACACAAAAGUCUUCCUGUACCUGUUCAAAGUAUGCCACCCCCGGGGGUUGGAAGAGCCUGGCCUCCUCUCAGGUUCAGAGGGAGAGAGUAGAUAAAGGUGGACGGAGGGUCGUACCGUUUCAUCGACGCUCUACCACCCAGUGGGAUGCUUGUCCCUCUGUCCCUGCUAAUGCCCCCAGGUCUGUAUUGAACAGAACAGAAGCGCCGAGUACACCACCGGGCGGACCUCCUUCUUACUCAAGGGGACCACCAACAGGAGGAGAUUGUCUACCAGUUCCAUCUGUUGGCUCACCAGGAUCUCCUGCACCUUCACCUCUUCCAACUCCACAUUCCGAGCCAGCAUCGGUUCCACCAGCAGAGCCUACAAUGCCUACUCUUAGUCCUCAACCACCACCCAGUCACACAAACACUGCCCCACCAUUAACCCCCUCCCAAGGCCCAAAAUCAACUUCCUCUGCAUGCAAUAAUCAAGUACAUAGUCCAGCUCCUGGACCAACAUUAAAACGACCAGUCUUAGCCCCUAGAGAAUGUGAGGAUAUAUAUUUAGAAAACGAACAGUCAUUACAUUGGCUCUAUGAUUAUUCAACACAAGAAGCAUGGCUCAAUCACCCUGUAAAACGUUUUAAGGAAUCUAAUACCAGUCCAGUCAAUGUACGGAGCAAUACUUUGUAUCCACCAAUGAAUUCUCAGGUUCCUCAGUCUCAAACGCCCAAACUAGAGAUUAAACAGGAACCAAAUGUCAAUGUUGGAGAUUGCAUUGGAAGAAGAACAGAUCCAUAUGAGUUUGAUGCAACAGGUGAAGAAAACGGCACAAACGUUGACGGACUUAGACGGCAACGAGAUGAUCCUACUAAACCAGGAUCUCUGUUCACUAGUGAAGGUCUUCAAGCAUCCUACAAAGAUUUAGAUCAGAUCUUUGAUAAUUCUGAUCCCGACACUUCUAGCGACGAAACCAAUUUAAACCAGCUUCAAGUACAAACUCCACCGGAGUCGAAUAGAUCCGGUGGAUUACACGAAGAAACAAGAGUAGAUGCCAAUAAUAGACAUAAUAAUCGGGGAGUUGGCGUGUUGCGACCAGAAGAACUUUCAAAAAUGUUUCCAACACCACCAUCUUUAGAGCAUAAUCCUGUUGCUUCACCUUGUCAGUUAAAUGACCCUUUAAUGGACCAGACGGAACUUUCUGUACCUCAACGACCACUUAGGCACCUUCCUGACAUCUAUCCAAAUAUGGGAUCUCCUCAAGAAGAGCCAAUUGAUGAUUGGUCCUACGUGUUCAAACCUACGCCCAUCUGUAAGAUGGUCGGUUCUUCCAAAUAUGCCCCACUCACAAAUCUGCCCAGCCAAUCUCUACCGCCUGUUACACUGCCAUCGCACUGCGUAUAUAGACCUUCUUGGCAGUGCAAUCCUACUUCCAACAAUACAGAUAAACCACUUCCACCAACUAGACCUGGAUCGGUUCAGCAACAGCCAUGUCCUCCGAGUCCAGCCCCGUUAGGGGCACCAUAUCGCUCAGCAACAAUAUCCGGAAGACCACCGCCGCCACCGUAUGAUCAGCCAAGCCCAGCUACAUCUACCACCUCUUCUUAUUUGAACAAAAAUUUGAAUAGCAUUGAAGCAGACACACCAGGCCCUACUCGUGCGCCGGAAUCAAACUCUCUCAUAGUGAACAUCCUCUUAGGUGACACUGUGCUUAAUAUCUUUCGUGAUCACAAUUUCGAUAGUUGCAGUCUUUGCGUGUGUAAUGCAGGUCCAAAAGUCGUUGGUAAUAUUAAAGGGGCAGAUGCUGGUGUGUACCUUACACAUUCUUGGUCAGGUGGGGCACUGUUUCAAGAUGACGAUCAGAUCAGGUGUAGUUGCGGUUUUAGUGCUGUUGUAAAUCGACGACUAGCUCAUCAAGCUGGUCUGUUCUAUGAAGACGAAAUGGAAAUUACUGGCAUUGCUGAAGAUCCAGCAGAGAAGAAAAAAGCGUCUUUGAUCGCUGUAGCUUGCGGAGGGAGCAAACCUUUGGAAGGUUUAGACGUGAUACCACCUAAUGUGUUAGAAUUGCUCAGAGAACAGUGCCUGAUCAUACAGAGCUCCGCAAGCAGUCUUUACAGAGCGUCUAGAAUCUAUUCUACGAUGAAAAGUUAUCCAAUGCUUACGCCUACUGUGAAUAUGUUGGAAUUCAAUGAUGGGAAUGAAGUGUCGCUAGCGGCUCUUGAUCAGGGUAAAAUUAAUGGUACGCACAAUGAAAGGACUAAUCGCGUAAUCGGAGUGCAUCGAUGGGUAUUCCUUAGAGCAAAAGGUCCUCAGUGCAGUGGUGAUAUCGUACGGAUGAUGAGAGCUCUACAACCACUAUUACAAGAUGCUGUGCAGAAGAAAUGUACUACUCGAAUGUGGGAAGCACCGUAUACUGUUGCAGGUCCUUUGACUUGGAGACAAUUCCAUCGUCUAGCUGGUCGUGGAACUGAUGAUCGGUGUGAACCUCAACCAAUACCUGCAUUGGUUGUCGGAUAUGAUCGUGAUUGGUUGUCUUUGUCACCCUAUGCUUUGAGUUAUUGGGAGAAACUACUCUUGGAACCAUAUGCCGGACCAAGAGAUGUCGCGUAUGUGGUGGUAGCACCAGACAGCGAUUGUGUCAUUAAUAAAGUGAAAUCAUUUUUCCGUGAAUUAUCAACUACAUAUGAAAUUUGUCGGUUAGGAAGGCAUACACCUAUUUCAAAAGCAUUACGUGAUGGUAUUCUUCGUGUUGGAAAAGCGUCUAUUCAGAAACAAACCAAACAACCAAUAGACGAUUGGUUUAAACUUUUAGGAGAGAAUCAAUUAGGAGAAUUAUUAAGAUUAUAUGCCCAAGUCUGUAAUCAUCGAUUAGCUCCAUAUUUAACGCAGGUUAUUCAAGACCGAAGUUUAUUAGAUCCCGGAGAUUCGCAAUCGACUAACAAACAACAACAGCAGCAGCAACAGCAAACAACUAUUCCUGUUACUGACACAAUGCCAGCCACACCUGAUGUAAUGACAAACAAACCAGAAUCAGUUGAAGGAGAAAAUCCCAGGAGUGAAACUCCAUCGUCGAACACGGCAACAAAUAGUAAUUCUAAUACCGGUAAUACAACACCAACUUCACAAACUGCCACAAUACAUACUAAUACAACAUCGGGUCCAGAUGAAGAGGAAGUCGAGCCUCCAGCUAUAGUUGUUUAUCUAGUAGAACCUUUCUCAUUGGGAGGUCCUGAAGAUCCCAACCGACGAAGACUUGCUAUUUUAGCUUUAUUACGUGCAUAUUCGACAGCAGUUAAUAGCAUGCCUGAAAACAUUAGAUCCAAUAUUAAUGUUCAGAUAAUAUCCUUGGAAAGUAUAAUGGAGUUAGGUCGAGCUAGAGAAAGGCGUAAAAUACAGGACGAGAUGAGAGCUUUAGCAUUGAACGUGUUUCUACAGGGACGUCGACUACUGAAUCAUAAUUCAACAGUAAAAAGUCUUACUGGAUUUGGUACCGCUGCCGCAGCAGAUAUUUUUCUUAAGAGUAAAGAUUCUUAUAGUAAUACUCUUGCAACUAUACAUCAGGAACGAAACAGAACCUCGUACCGGUUAUACUCGCCAGCGUACGUCUUGGCUCCUCUACGGGCAAAAAGCGAAGCGCCGGAAUCUUUCGGCAUCGCUGGACCAGAAGAGUGUGCGGUUUUGUAUCUAAGCUACUGCCUCAGCGAAGAUCAAUCUUGGCUGCUUGCGGUUGCAACUGAUGACAGGGGUGAAAUAUUUGAAACAGCUACUAUCAAUAUCGAUAUACCCAAUAGAAAAAGAAGAAAACGCGCCUCAGCUAGACGAAUUGGAUUACAAAAAUUGAUGGAUUUCAUACUUGGUGUAAUGUCUCAGGGUGUACAACCUUGGAGGUUAGUAGUAGGUCGUGUGGGACGUAUUGGACAUGGUGAGCUGAAAGGUUGGAGCUGGUUGCUAUCCAGAAAAGCACUUCUCAAAGCUUCUAAACAUCUUAAAGAAAUAUGUGGCCAAUGCAGUCUUUUAUAUCCGUCAGCAGCACCUUGUGUGCUUAGCGCAUGUUUAGUUUCUCUUGAACCAGAUUCAACUCUCAGGCUUAUGGCUGAUCAGUUCACACCUGAUGAAAGGUUUAGUCAAGCGUCGGUAAACUGCCAAUUAUCUACACCACAAGAUGUUACGUGUACUCAUAUUCUCGUCUUUCCUACAUCUGCUACUACACAGUCAUCACAGACUGCAUUUCAGGAGCAGCAUAUUAAUGGACCAGAGUUAGGAGAUGAUGAGCUAUUUUCUGCACUAAACGAUGAUAUGCCAGAAGGUAUGGAAGGCAUGGGAGACUUCAAUGACAUCUUCAAUGUAUGGCCAGAGGCUGGUGCUGGUGGAGGACAAAGUCCUAGUGGCAGUCCACAUCGCCCUGAAGGAUCUCCAUUAGGUGGAGACGGUGGUGGUUCAGGAUUAGGCAAUCACGACGGGCCUGGUAGUCCAUUUCCAUGUAGUAAUACACCAAGAGUGGCAGUUGCUGAACAAGCAGAAGAAGUUGGCACGCUUUUGCAGCAACCACUUGCUCUUGGUUAUUUGGUAUCUACCGCACCAACUGGACGAAUGCCACCAUGGUUUUGGUCAGCUUGUCCCCAUCUGGAGGGUGUUUGCCCAGUCUUUUUGAAGAAUGCCUUACAUUUACAUAGUCCAGCAAUACAGCAGAAUAGUGAUGAUCUGUUGCAGCAACAAAGUGCACUCACUGCUCACCCAUUAGACUCACAGUAUACCACCGAUGUGCUCAGAUAUGUGCUAGAAGGAUACAAUGCACUAUCGUGGCUCGCAGUGGAUGCGAACACGAAGGAUCGUCUAUCCUGCUUGCCAGUGCACGUGCAAGCGCUCAUGCAGCUCUACCAUGCGGCGGCAGCUCUCGUCUGACCCACACCCUCUCCUUUCGUAGUGCAGUAUAUGCACCUCUUUCAUGCACUCCUUUACCAUACCGUCACUUGGGGCUUUACGAGAGCAACUGGUUUCCUACAUCCGUCUUCAACUGUUCGUUAGAGACAUUGAGAUUUUCUGGGAGACUGGGAGAAAACGAUCCUUCGACCAUUAAUCGAUAAACCUCCAAUACGAAACACUGACCUUUUUUUUUACUGACCUUCUUUUUUAAAUUAAUACGAUGACAGUGAUCGUAGCAUAAACUUUAUGAUUACCGAUGCACAGUAAUUCUUUUUAACGUUUUUCUAUUCGUGUAAUUCGGCAGGCGAAGAGAGAGAGAGAAAACAAGCAUACUUUGAUAGAUCGUACUUUGUGUUUUUCAGUAAUCGCGAAAAACAAAAAAUAAGAUAACACGAGAUAUUUAUUGACAAAAUAAUUAUUGACGAUACACGUAUAUUGCCGCAUACCAAAUGGAAUUUGAUGAAUGGGAGAUAGAAUUACAUGUGCGAGAGAUUGAUAGAAUCGUGUGAACAUGUGAGAGAACGAAAGUGAAUAAAAGAGAGAAUGUGAGAGAGAGGAAAAAGGAAAGAACGAGUGCGCGUAUAAAAGGAAAGAGAAGUAGAAACAAAUGUGAACGCGCUAUAAGAAGUUAACUUAUAAUUGCCUCUCUGUCGGUAGAUAGUUCAAUUACAAAUCAGAAUCUCUAGAAAAUUACAUAACCAAAACGUUUUUAAUUGUAAAUUGAAUUUUGUACAAAGCUUUUAUUAUUAAUAACGACGAAGUAAUAUAAAUAAUAUUACGUUGUUUUUUAAUUUUAUAUAGAUGAUAUAAAUGAAAAAAGAAGAACGGAAAUAAAGGGAGGCGAAUAUACUUCUUUUUUACAAGUAAAAAUGCCUCGUACAAGCCCCUGGUGUGAGAUAAGUACGAUAAUUAUAUAUUAUAUUAUAUUAUGCUCGCGCGGCACUGGGUCACUGUUAUCAUGUUUCCUGGACCCAUUAGCGCAAUUUUUCGAUGCUGUUUGAAAAAUUUUAUUCAAAUUAGGUGACCUCUAUAUAUUAUACAUACAUUAAUAGUGUAAAAUAUUGUUUUUAAAUAAUUUAUGAAGUGAGAGACAUCGCCGAGAUAUUAGAUAAUUGAGAGUGAACGAAAAGAGCGCGAGAGAAUAAACGAAAAUGAGAGAAGGGCACAGAGAGGUUUGUUCCCUGUAACUUAGGAAAAAAGAAGAAUGAUUUCACAUGCAAACAAAAUGAGUGCGCGAACAUAAAACGAGAAGUAUAUAAGAAAAAAAAUAAAAAGACAAGAGAAGAGAAUACAGGGCGCGUCUGAAUGGAAGCCGAUGGUGGCUAAUUGCGUCAGUCGCAUAGUACAAAUAUGACUUGUACAUAGCAACCCCUAAUCCUCUCCCCCUUAUAAAGUUAAUUGGUUAAUUUACUCACACACCACACUCACACUGUAUCUAUAGUAUUUAUUAUCUGGGUAGAACAUCAUUAUUGGGAUUAUUAUUAAUUAUUAUUAUUAUUACCAUUAUUAUAUUAAUAUUACGAAAUACAGUUUUAUGUGUAUAUAUAA